GGUCAUAGAAACCCCUUAUAACCCCUACCUUCUAUUCUUUUUUAUACCAUCUCCAAGAAAAAAGAGAAACAACAAAGUAAACACAUGGGAAACAGAUCAAAGAAACUUCUCAAAAAUAGACAACAGAUACACAUUGGCAAAUCAAAGGCAGAGUACUCAAUCUUGAUUUGCAAGAAACACCCUAAACACCGGCAAUCCUCAUCAGGAGUUUGCUCUGUUUGCUUAACAGAAAAACUCACUCAACUUUCAAGAACUUCACCUAGUAGUAAUACAACAACUGUUACUUCUUGUUGUUUUUCGUCGUCGUCUUUGUCAUCUUUGUCAUCAUCUUCUUAUUCUUCUUCUUCUCCGAUUCAUCACACAAUGAACAGUACCAUGGUUUCUUUCUUGAAGUGUGGUAAUAAAAGUAGUUGUGCGCUUACAAAAAGUAGAUCCUUGGCUGUUAUUAUGGAGGAGAAUGUGAAGAAUAUAGGAGGAUUUUUGUAUAGAUUGUUGCAUCCAAGAAGAAACAAGAAAGAUGAUAUUAAGGAUUUGGUGCAUUCAAGAACUACUAUGAGAGAAAGGUUGACAGCUAAAUUUGGAAUCACAAAUUCUCUUUUUCACUUUUCAAUACUAUCAUCUUAGAUUUAGAAUUACUGUAGUAUGAGAUGUAAAAUUUAUUUUUUUUAAUUUUCUUUUCAAUCUCAUCCUAGAUUUAGAAUUAAUGUAUUCGUUUAUUUGAUUGUUUAUUGUUUACUUAUGAAGAUACAAUGAAAGGAGGAGAAAAAUAUAUACAGUACAUGUAUGCUCUUUGUACAAGAGAA